AUGUGUGUCCCCUUGGAACCCAUCAAAUUGCCAGAAUUUGAAAAUAACAUUUUAGAAGAUGUUGAUAUGGCCAGAACUGCAAGGUUUUCACUUGAAAUGGAACCUGAAAUUGAAUUAGGAAUGAAGUUAGAUUUUUUUAGGCAUAGCAUGGUAUUUAGAUUUUUUGGACAUAGCAGGGUAGAGUUGGGUUUUUGGAUGUAA